UGAGAAUAUAAAUGCGAAGGUCAUUUUGAAGGAACUUCCAAAGUGUGGCUAUUGCCGGUAUGUAAAAUACAGUUAAUAAACAACAUAUUUCAACAUGCAGUCGGUUAUGUCUUUGGCGGUUGCUUCUUGUGUGCUAGCGAUGGUUCGUGCUCAGGCCACGACGUGCAUUUGUCCGUUUGUAUUGGUGCCCGUGUGUGGAUCAAAUGGCGUCACAUAUAGCAGCACGUGUACAAUGAAAUGCGCGGGCGUGACACUUAAAUCGGAAGGCGUAUGCCCCAAGGUAUGCCCCUGUCCCCGCAACUACCAGCCCGUGUGUGGAGCUGACGGCACCACAUACGGCAAUCGUUGUCUGCUCGAUUGCCAAAAUGUCCUCAUGAAAUCGGAAGGCGAAUGCCCUAAGGAAUGCCCCUGCCCACGUAACUACAGGCCUGUGUGUGGGCAGGACGAUAUCACAUACAGUAACCGCUGUCUGCUAGAGUGCAAGGGCGUGACACUUAAAUCGACAGGCGUAUGCCCCAAAGUAUGCCCCUGUCCCCGCAACUACCAGCCCGUGUGUGGAGCUGACGGCACCACAUACGGCAAUCGUUGUCUGCUCGAUUGCCAGAAUGUCCUCAUGAAAUCGGAAGGCGAAUGCCCUAAGGAAUGCCCUUGCCCACGUGACUACAGGCCUGUGUGUGGGGAGGACGGGGUCACAUACAGUAACCGCUGUCUGCUAGAGUGCAAGGGAGUUCGCAUGAAAUCGAAAGGGCAGUGUCACAAGCUGUGACCCUGUCCCAGUAUCUACACCCCGAUGUGCGGUAAGGACGGCAUCACCGAUGUUUGAUGGAUUGCCAGGGUGUGGAGCUCGGAUAUUUCGGAAGUAUUAGAAUGUCAAAAGCCGUUGGACGAAAUUAUUUACUUGAUAGAUUAGAAAAUAAAACUAAAUAACAUUAUACAACGUG